AUGGUAUUCACUCACACCAACCUGUGCGAUUUGCUGAACGACCACAACAAUUUGGAUGUGAGGCCAGGCGUAGAAGCGACAAAGAAGCUGGGUAAUUUCUUUCAGUCGUUGAAUCUUGAUAUCCACAAAGACGGCAUCUUUGUUCCUAGACUCACUCUGAAAUAUCUCUGGCACACAAAAAGCAAAGACUGCAAGUUUCAGUUAUUCAAAGGGAAUGACGAAUUGUACCACAAAUACAGAGAUAAUCUGGUUGGUGGUUCAAAUAUGCCGUGUGGUGAGCACCAAGUAGUUCAAGUUUAUCCCGAUAUUCUGAAAGAUGUCUUGGAUAACACGUUCUUUGGAAUGAUAGAAUGUGAUAUUGCUGUUCCUGAGCAUUUAAAGGAAUGCUUUGCUGGAAUGCCUCCUAUUUUCAAGAAUGUUGAGAUUACAUGCAAUGAUUUAAGCCUUGACACAGGCACAAGUGAAGCCAGAUUACAAAAUGCACCUGUACCUGUCGCAAUGUCAACCUUUGGAACUGUCGCUGCUGGAGUCGGUGCACUUCACGCACCAAUGGCUGCAGGAGGUUGUGCUGCUAUUGACUCUGUUUCUGAUCAACAGAAAGCUAAAUCAUAA